AUGCCUCCCUCCCGCAGCCGCCGCUCCUCCUCAGUAUCUUCCUCCGACUCCUACCGCUCAAGAUCUCGCUCCCGUUCCCGCUCACCGCCGCGCUCCCGCUCAUCCUCAGCCGGCCCUCACCCCCGCAACGCCCGCCGGAGCCACAACAACAACAAUAACCGCCGCCCUCGCCUCCCCAAGAAGAAGCCCUCCUUCAAGACGACGGCAGUCCUCAUCGCCGCCAUCGCCGUCGCCACAAUCUGCAUCCACCGCGUCUGGCACAAACGCAAACACCCAGAGGUCCGCGGCCCCCACUGGGACACCCUCAACGCCCCCGGCCGCCACUCCCGCCGCCGUAACGUCGUCCGCGACAGACACAACGGGGGGCCGCGGUAUUACGAGGACGAGAGUGAUGGGUACUUUUCCGAUUACAAUCCUCCGCCCAGGACGUACCGUCUUGCCGAGGAGCCGAGGGGGCAGAGGCUGACAGAAGAGGCCAUCAUGGGGCCGCCAAGGGAUGAGAUUGUGAGGUACGCGAAGACGUCUGGGAGGUCGGAGGCGGAAAGUAGCAAGAGGUUCUUUGACGAGGACAACCGGUCGAGGAGGGUGGAGGAUGCCGUUGAGGACUGGAGUAGGAGAGGCGCAGCCCGAUUUCCGUCUCCUGAUGGGCGAAGGCCAGAAACUGUGUACGAUGAUAGGAGGUCGAGGCGACGGUCAGAUUACUACUGA